AAACUAUACGUUUCGUGAUUUUCUUUGCUGGAUAUAGAAAACUGGAUCCAAAAUGACAGCUAAACCCUAAAGAGCGAGUAAAAGGCCAUCGUGUUUCUCAGAAAAGUUUGAUUCUGUGGCUCGAUAACCAUUUCCAGCCUGUGUUUCCUCUCUGAUAAAUGUUGCAGAAACACAGCUAAGGCCCCUCCCUCAGACUCAGAGCCCGGAGAUCAUGAACCACACGAGGAAAUAGACACAAACGCACAGGCCGUGGACAUGCGUGUGUGCACCAUAUGGAGCAGUAAACCUUAAGAAGCAGCAGUUCGUUCCUCAAACAGGAAGAGUUGUGCAGACUGCAGGAUGUUCUCGUCAGUGAAGCCGUUUGAAGGGCAGCAGUUUUCAGCCCUGAGGAAACAGUGCCAGCAGAACAGGACUCUGUUUGAAGACCCCGUCUUCCCCGCUGUGGACCAGUCGCUCUUCUUUCAUGGAAACCGCAUCGGAAAAGUCACCUGGAAGAGACCAAAGGAGCUGUGUGAAGACCCGCACUUGUUUGUGAAUGGGAUCAGUGCUCAUGACCUGCACCAGGGGCAGCUGGGAAACUGCUGGUUUGUGGCGGCCUGUUCCAGUCUGGCCUCCAGAGAAGCUCUGUGGCAGAAGGUUAUCCCAGAUUGGAAGGACCAGGAGUGGGACAAGCAGAAACCGGAGAGCUAUGCUGGGAUAUUUCACUUUCGCUUCUGGCGUUUUGGAGAAUGGGUGGACGUCGUUAUUGAUGACCGACUGCCAACCGCAAACGGGCAGCUCAUCUACUGCCACUCCAACGACAGUAAUGAGUUCUGGAGUGCGCUGGUGGAGAAAGCCUAUGCCAAGUUAUGUGUAUGUUAUGAUGCUUUGGAUGGCGGAAACACGGCCGAUGCUCUUGUGGAUUUCACUGGUGGAAUAUCUGAGCCCAUGGAUCUGCUGGAAGGGAAGUUCAGCCAGGAGGAAGAGGCCCGAAAUCAGCUGUUCGAGCGCGUUCUGAAGGUCCACAACAGAGGAGGCCUGAUCAGCUGCUCCAUUAGAGCGACGAGUCAGGCGGACAUGGAAGCCCGUUUAGACUGCGGCCUGGUCAAAGGUCACGCGUAUGCGGUGACUGACGUGCGUAAGGUGCGUCUGGGCACCGGCCUGCGGGCGUUCUUUAAAUCGGAGAAGCUCUCCAUGAUCCGUAUGAGGAACCCGUGGGGUCAGAGAGAGUGGAUCGGAGCUUGGAGUGACAGCUCAGAGGAGUGGAAGAGAGUCAGUAAGAGCGAGCGAGAGAAGAUUGGUGUAACCGUGGAGGAUGAUGGCGAGUUCUGGAUGGAGUUUGAGGAUUUCUGUAAGUAUUUCACAGACCUGAUUCUGUGCCGCUUGAUUAACACGUCGUACCUGAGCAUCCACAAGAUCUGGGAGGAGGCAGUGAUGCGGGGCUCCUGGUGUCGCCAUGACGACCCUUUAAUGAACCGAUCAGGAGGCUGCAUCAACCACAAAGCCACGUUCCUCCAGAACCCACAGUAUGUGUUCGACGUGACGAAGACGGAGGACGAGGUUCUGAUCUGCCUGCAGCAGCAGGACAAGAGAGCUCAAUCCAAAGAUGGGAAAGGAGACAACAUCGCCAUCGGCUUUUAUAUCCAAAACGUGGAGCUCAACCGGACGUACCGCAUGCACACCAUCCAGAAAACAGUGGGCAGCUCCAUCUACAUUAACUCCCGCAGCGUGUUUCUGCGCAAGGACCUGAAGGAGGGCCGCUACGUCAUCAUUCCCACGACCUUUGACCCCGGCCUGCAGGGAGACUUCCUGUUGCGCAUCUUCACGGAUGUGCCUGCCGCCUGCAAGGAGCUGACAUUAGACGAGCCGCCCCAAACCUGUUGGACAGGGUGCUGUGGGUAUCCAAAGCUGGUCACACAGGUGCACGUCCACAGAGCAGAUGGGCUCCAGGCUCAGGACUCGGAUGGAUGUGAGUAA